AUGGCGGUUCCAUCGUCGUAUUCAGCGGUGAAGAAAAACCUCGAUAACAUCCUCGCAGACCCCUCCGUCUCCUUGGAUGUCCCCGCCAUCGAGAAGCUGAAGCUUGAGAUCACCGAAAACACAGAUCGUACAGUGCCUGUGUCGCUCAUCACUCAAAUCUCACAGAUUCUCCCAGUUCUGCGCGAGGAUCCGACUCCGCUGACAACACUGGGCAUCAAAUCUACGGCGUUUCUCACGUUCUCUGAAAUCCAGUCCAUUGAUCCUCCGGUUAACCUUGUCGCGGGAAUCAAGGCGCCCUCACCACCUAUCAACCUGCUAGCUCUGUCUCUCCUGGGAAAGGCAAGCAGGUCUCCCGGAGAUGCAGCGAUUGUUGCUGGGAACUCUGAUCUAGUGGCCUCUCUUGUGGAGGUGUGGCUGUCGACAUCUUCGACAGAGGUUGCCCAGGCUGCGUUCGACGUCCUUUGGUCGCUGCUGGAAGUGGACCAUACCGGUUCACCGAAGACUGAGAAUGGCAGCAAUGGCACGCAAGAGCCGGCAAAAGGACAGGGCCUGAUGUGGAGGAGACUGUUCACUGACAAGGAUAUCUACGGCCUCUUGUAUUCGACAUGUAGCCUUCUUGAUGCCGGGCGGCCCGGUCAGCUCUCAAAACGUGAAAAGACCGUGGCCCAAGGACGAUUAAUGGACUUUGUGGUAAAAGCUGGCGCUCUUCGUUGGGACACAAUCACAAGCUCCCAGGUUCCGGAAAUCGAGUCCAAGUAUCGGAGCAGCAACCUGCUGCAUUUUGUCGCUUGUCGAAUGGUUGACACUGGCGAUGUCUUGAUGCACAUGACUCAACUGAAUUUCUUUCGUGAGCUGAUACGGAUUGAUGCGCCUGGCCUGGAAAUUCCCAAUCGCUCCUAUUCAGCCUCGCCCUUUUCCUCACGGGCUCUGGAUUUCCUCAUGGAGCAGAACAUACACCAGAUGAUAAUGGGAUACUAUCUCGAUGCAUCAACACUCGAUUCUGUUGACGCCAUGUUUUUGUCUAAUCCGAUCAUGGCGUACGUUUCACAAUACGCACAACUGUAUCCUAACCAUCUGUUGCAGAGCCCACGCGAAGUGCUGGAACGGAUUCUGACCAGGAUUCACCGAGCUUUGUCAAUCCCGUCUGCUCAGUGGGCGCACGGAACGGUACCGACAGGUGACCUGACUGUGUUGUCCUCUCUCCCUCGUGUUCUGCUUGUCGACGCCAGCAGACGGGCUCUGAGCCCCCUCCAGGCUGUGCCCAGCAAUCCUGCGAACAAGGACUGUCUCAACACAUUGGCGCGAAUUUUCCAUGGACCACAGAAAUCGGAGAACGAUCCCUCUUUGAAUGUUGUUACCGGAGCCCCGACGGAUUCGCACAAGGAAGCCGUCGCGGCACGGAUACUCUACUUCACCUAUUUGAACGAGCAUGCAAACUUCUGGCAACAUAUUGUCACUACUGCUGAUAUCGUGGCAAUGCAGGACGUGGCGCUGGCAGCUAUUGGGGUGAUUAAAGCUGUCAUCACGGCUAACUGGAGAACCCUGUCACCGGAAGAGCCUCAAACCAUAUCUGCAGACGCCACCUUUAAGCUCCCAUCUGAAGAUGAACUCAACCGGCUGUCGUCUGCCACAUCAGGAGUACUCCCUACUUCUGGUUCCUGGGCUGUUCUGGCUCCCCCGGCGUUGACCACUGUCCUCCCGUAUCUUUUCAAACCGCCGCAGUCAUACGCCAAUUUCGUCGCAGGCGGCGCGGGGGAUACAGAGAGCGCAGUCUGGCGGAUUGCCACCGCCAAGUAUGAUGCGCUGGUCGCCUUGUAUAAUGCGCUGAAGGGGUCAACUGUUCAAGUAGAAGGCUUCGCAGACAUUGUACGGACUCUGGAGCAGCGUGUCAGGGAUGGUCCCAAGGGCCCAGCAACUGAAGUUGGAAGCCGAGUGGAUGCAGUCCAGCUGUAG